GCUUUGUUCUCUCCACGGCCUUCCCUUAUUUACUCUUGAGAAAUCUGUACAGAUUUUAAAUCAACCCCUCUCUCUCUCUCUCUCUCUCUCUCCCCACUUUGCUCCCAUUUUCUCUAUCUCCUAUAUAUUUCUUCUCCUCUUUUAUUACAAAACAGAAAAAUGUAUAUGCUUUGAGAGAAAGAGGGAGAGAGGUUUGGUUUUCAUGGUUGAUUCUUCCGCAACAAUAACAACAUUAACAACUACAACCAUGGCUACUUCUCCUUCUUUAACUUGUGGUGAGAAGAAACACUGGUGGCUUAGCAACAGAAAGGUUGUAGAUAAGUACAUUAAAGAUGCCAGAAGCCUUAUUGCGAGUCAAGAGCAGAGUGAGAUCGCUUCUGCUCUCAAUCUUCUUGAUGCCGCUCUUGCUCUCUCUCCUCGCUUUGAACUCGCUCUGGAACUCAAAGCCAGAUCUUUGCUCUAUCUAAGACGAUUUAAGGAUGUUGCUGAUAUGCUUCAAGACUAUAUUCCUAGCCUCAAAAUGGCUAACGAUGACUCUGGUUCUGUUUCUUCUGAUAGCUCCUCUCAACAGCUUUCAAGAGAAAGAGUCAAGCUUUUGCCUUCUAGUGACUCGUCCGAUGAUUCACUGGGCCGUGAUCCAUCUUUCAAGUGUUUCUCUGUCUCGGACUUGAAAAAGAAAGUCAUGGCUGGGCUCUGUAAAAAUUGCGAGAAAGAAGGGCAAUGGAGGUACUUGGUUUUAGGUCAAGCAUGUUGCCAUCUAGGAUUAAUGGAGGACGCCAUGGUUCUCCUCCAGACCGGAAAACGCUUGGCGACGGCAGCAUUCCGUCGUGAGAGCAUCUCUUUAUCCGAUGAUAGUUUCUCUUCCUCUAGGUUGCCGAUAUCGGUGUUCACCAACAGCCAUCACCACACACCACCUUCAACUCCUCCACGCGUUUUGACCGAGUCAGAGAGCAUAUCCCAGUUGCUCUCACACAUAAAGCUCCUCCUACGGCGUCGUACCGCAGCCAUCGCCGCACUCGAUGCAGGUCUAUACUCGGAGGCCAUACGCCACUUCAGUAAAAUCGUUGAUGGGCGUCGAGGGGCCCCACAAGGGUUCUUGGCUGAAUGUUAUAUGCAUAGAGCUUUUGCUUAUAAAUCCUCAGGAAGGAUAGCUGAAUCUAUCGCUGAUUGUAACAAGACUUUGGCUCUUGAACCCAGUUGCAUUCAAGCGCUUGAUACUAGAGCCUCGCUUCUUGAGACAAUACGUUGUUUGCCGGACUGUUUACAUGAUCUUGAACACUUGAAACUCUUGUAUAAUUCAAUUUUGCGUGAUAGGAAACUUCCGGGACCUGCUUGGAAGAGACAUAACGUGAGAUAUAGAGAGAUUCCUGGGAAACUAUGUGCAUUGACCACCAAGAUUCAAGAAUUGAAGCAGAGAGUUGCUUCUGGAGAGACUGGUAAUGUAGAUUAUUACGCUUUGAUUGGGUUGAGACGUGGGUGUACACGAUCUGAGUUGGAGAGGGCACAUUUAUUGUUGUCCUUAAGACACAAGCCCGAUAAAGCUACUAGUUUUAUUGAUAGGUGUGAGUUUGCAGACGAUCGUAAUCUUGAUUCUGUUAAAGACAGAGCAAAGAUGUCUGCAUUGUUGUUGUAUAGAUUGCUGCAAAAGGGUUAUUCAAGUGUUAUGGUUAAUAUUAUGGAUGAGGAAGCAGCUGAGAAACGGAGAAAGAAGGCUACAACUGCUUUGCAAGUAGCUAUUCAAGUACAACAACAACAAACCCAAAAUUCCAAGUUGGAACCGGAACUGAAUCAAUCUACUACUGCUACGUCUAUGGAGAUUUCUGGUUCUAAUAGAAUGAGUUCUACAGAAAACAAUGGGCCAACGGCUUCCAACACAAAUAAUGUGUACCAAGGUAUAUUUUGCCGAGACAUAGCUGCAGUUGGAAAUUUGCUAUCGCAAGCUGCGUUUAACCGUCCACUUCAAGUGAAGUAUGAAGCACUGAGCUGCUGAAAUUUUUUGCUGGGAAAUUUGAAUGAAUUAAGUGAAAGGUUCUUGAGAUGUUACCGGCAGUGCAAUCUCUGGUUCAAUUUCUCUGUUUUUGUACAAAAAAGAUAAAUAUCAAAGGUUGCCGGGAAAUUUUGUUGUCUGUUAUUCUUCCUUAUCUACUACUCCACGUGUACAUGUACAGAAUUUUCACUAUCGAAUUUCUACUUUUGGAUU